GCUUUUUUUUACCCCGUGGAAAAGCGGACUGUCAUGUUAAUUUACGUCAACGUUACUUGGCUAAAGUUUCACCGGGCGUCCACGUUGACAACUUGUUUACAAUGGUGCCCAUUCAUAGCUCUGCUAAGGCAACGUUGACAGUUCGUUCCUGGACUGAGUUAGCGUUUUAUAGCUAGUCAGGCUGCGUUGGACGGACAUUGUUAUAAGGGCUCUAUAAUGAAUCAUGGCGAUGACUGCUGUACAGCAGCAGAAGAUGGAGCUCAGAGUGACCAGCAGCAGCCUCUCAUUCUGGAAAGAGUGGAGGAAGAAAAGGCCAAAAGCUGGCAAUCUGUUGUGUCACAUUGUCUGAACAAACACUGCUUGUGCACCCCGAAAAAAGCUAAAUCCAAAUUAUUGGGCUUCGUCCCGAUUCUGAAAUGGCUGCCACGCUACCAGCUCAGGGAAUGGCUGCUGGGCGAUGUCAUGUCAGGACUGAUUGUCGGAAUCCUGUUGGUCCCUCAGUCCAUAGCCUACUCCUUGUUGGCCAGUCAGGACCCCAUAUAUGGUCUCUAUACUUCUUUCUUCUCAUCCAUCAUUUAUGCCCUCUUAGGCACUUCUAGACACAUCUCAGUGGGGAUUUUUGGGGUGCUCUGCCUGCUUGUAGGUCAGGUUGUGGAUAGAGAAUUAGCUUUGGCAGGAUACCUCACAGAAAGUGCCAUCCUCAAUAGUAGCAAUAGCACCGUCUUGCUGGCUGGCCAGGGGAAUGGCAGUGUUGGGGUGGGAUGUGACAGAAGCUGCUAUGCAAUCACAGUGGGAGCUACAGUUACCUUUACUGCUGGAGUUUACCAGGUGCUAAUGGGCAUUUUCCAGGUAGGCUUUGUCUCAGUCUACCUGUCCGACUCCCUUCUCAGUGGCUUCGCUACAGGAGCCUCCCUGACCAUUCUCACGUCCCAGUUCAAGUACCUUCUGGGCCUGAAGAUCCCCAGGCCUCAGGGCUGGUUCACCCUGUUUAAGACCUGGUACAGCCUGCUCACCAACCUGAGCCACACCAACAUUUGUGACCUGGUGACCAGUUUGGUGUGUUUGCUGAUACUGAUACCUACCAAAGAGCUCAACAAUCGAUUCAAAGCCAAGCUGAAGGCUCCCAUUCCCUUCGAGCUCUUUGUGGUGGUAAUUGCGACAGUGGCUUCUCACUUUGGCAGCUUCAACAGCGACUACGGGUCGGGCGUGGCUGGUGACAUCCCCACUGGCUUCCUCCCUCCCCAGCUGCCGAUGUGGACUCUGAUCCCCAACAUUGCCGUUGAUGCCUUCUCCAUUGCCAUCGUGGGGUUCGCCAUCACCGUCUCACUGUCAGAGAUGUUUGCCAAGAAGCACGGCUACACAGUGGACGCCAACCAGGAGUUGUACGCCAUUGGCUUCUGCAACAUCCUGCCAUCGUUCUUCCGCUGCUUCACCACCAGCGCCGCACUGACUAAGACCCUCGUCAAGGAGUCAACAGGGUGCCAGACUCAGAUAUCUGGGCUGGUCAGCGCCCUUGUCCUGCUGCUGGUGCUGCUGGUUAUCGCACCGCUCUUCUAUUCCCUUCAAAAAUGUGUGUUAGCCGUCAUCAUCCUGGUUAACCUUCGCGGAGCUUUACGGAAGUUUACCGACAUUCCCGACAUGUGGCGUGUCAACCGUGUCGAUACCUCUAUCUGGCUGAUCACAAUGGCAACCUCGGCGCUGGUCAACACAGAGCUGGGUCUGCUCGUGGGGGUUUUGGUGUCAGCCCUGUGCGUCCUGGGCCGAACCCAGCGAGCCCAGGUACUGGAGCUUGGCCGGGCGACAACCAGGGAUCAUUAUGAUGACCUGUUGUCUUACCGCGGCCUUCGGACACAUCCCGGAGUGGCUGUUUUUAGAUACGAGGCUCCAAUCUAUUACGCCAACCAGAGCUUGUUCAAAAAAUCUCUCUACAGGUGUGUAGGGCUUGAUCCUGUGAAGGAGAAAACCCGGCUUAUGAAGUUCAAGAGGAAGAACAAACAGCAGGGAGAGGUUGCACGAGUCCCACAUAUAAAUUCAGGGGAUACGGAGGGUGCAGGUAAAGAGGAUGGGUUUGAAGCUGGUGCGACUGUAACCUCAAUGCUCGACAAUAAAUCUUCCCGUAGCUUACGUAGCUUGGUGAUCGACUGCAGUGCCAUCUUGUUUCUAGAUACUGCUGGAGUGAAUGCUCUGAAAGAGGUCCUCAAAGAUUAUGAAGAACUUGGGAUCAAGGUUGUUCUGGCCCGGUGUAAUAUCUCAGUACUGGACGCACUGGAAAGAGGGGGAUACUACCCAAUCAAAAAAGGAUGUGAUGGAGGAGAAAACAAAAUCAUGUUCUUCACCAUCGCAGAUGCCGUCCGCUACGUCCAAAGCCUCUCAGCUAACGGAGAUUAUGACAGCAAAUGCUAAAAAA